AUGCCAUCACCAUUGAAUGAACCAGUGAAACUUCCCUGCGGUCUAGUCUUUCCGAACCGAUUGGUCAAGGCCGCCAUGGCUGAGAUGCUCGCCGACCGAAGCACCAACCUCCCGACGCGGGAUAUUCUCGAGGUGUAUCAUCAAUGGGGACAGGGUGGAUGGGGAGGUAUUCUGACCGAGCCAGGAAACGUCCAAGUCGACAUCUCCCACCUCGGCACGCCCUUCGAUCCGUCCCUCCCCGCCGACCCCUACACCUCGAAGCACAACAGCGCCGACCUCGUCGAGCGCUAUUCCCGCCUCGCGCAGGCUGUGCAAGAACACACCAGCGCCCCAUGCAUCGUGCAACUCUGCCACCCUGGACGACAAUCUUUCCGAGGCGCCGGUCAGCGAGGCCUCUGUGCGCCGACGAUCGCGCCGAGUGCGAUCCCCAUGAGGAUUGGGGACGGGUAUCUGGAACAGCUCAUUAGCUGGGUGACGUUUCCGGCGCCGAGGGAGAUGAGUCGUGGGGAUAUUGAGGCCGUUACGGCGCGGUUUGUGGAUGCCGCGAGGGUGAUGGCGGACGCGGGAUUUGGGGGCGUCGAGUUACAUGGGGCGCAUGGGUAUUUGAUUGAUCAGUUUCUUAACCCCAAAGUCUGUCCCUCCUCCCUCCACCAUCUAGGACCCUCUUCCCUUUCCUCUACCUACAGAUCAACAACUAAUAAAUCUAUCAAGACCAACCACCGAACAGACGCCUACGGUGGCUCGGCCAUCAACCACGCCAAGUUCGUGCUCGACAUCAUCGCGCAGAUCCGCGCCGUCGUGCCGUCUUCCUUCUGCGUCGGCAUCAAGUUGAACUCGGCGGACCAUGAUCACGACGACGAGGCAGCUUUCGAAGACACCAUGACGCAGAUCGGGCUGCUCGUGGACGCGGGGAUUGAUUUUUUGGAGAUCUCGGGAGGGAGUUAUCAGGAUCCGAGGAUGAUGGGCCUCUCCACCAACAACAACAACAACACUGAAUCCAGCCCCUCCCCCUCCCCAGCUCAACAACAAAGCACCCGAACCCAAAACCGCGAAGCAUUCUUCCUCGCUUUCUCCCACGAAACCCGCAAGCGCUACCCCUCCCUCAUCCUCCUUCUAACCGGCGGCUUCCGCACGCGCGCCGGCGCCGAAGCCGCACUUUCCCAAAACGCAUGCGAUCUGAUCGGCAUCGGACGACCGGCUGCCGUGGCGCCUCAUUUCCCAAAUUUGAUGCUGGAUGAAGAGAAGGGUGCGGAUGAGGCGGGGUUGAGGCUGGGGAAGGUUAAGGAUGAGGGGCCUUGGGUUGGGAGGGUGGUGAGUGUGGUCCUGGGGAAAUUGGUCCGGGGGGUGGGGGCGGGGAUUGAGAGUGCGUAUUAUUCAGGGCAGAUUGCCAGGAUGGCGAGGGGGUUGAAGACGGUUGUGCCGGGGUUGUGA